AUGCAUGAUGAAUAUAAUGCUUUAAUCCAGCAAGGCACUUGGACUUUAGUCUUUCUUCCACCCACCAAAAAGCUGUUGGUUGCAAAUGGGUGUUUCGUCUCAAGAAAAAUUCUAAUGGUUCCAUUGCUAGGCAUAAAGCCAGAGAAGGAGGUCUACAUGCAUCAGCCAAUUGGAUUUGUUGAUAACACACAUCCUUCCAUGGUUUGCAAGAUCAAUAAAGCUUUGUAUGGACUCAAACAAGCUCCUAGAGCCUGGUUUUCCACCUUUUCUUCCUUUCUUCUUAUUCAAGGUUUUAAAGCCAAUCAUUGUGAUUCUUCCUUAUUUGUUAAGAAGACUUGUCACUUCAUCACCAUUCUUUUGAUGUAUGUUGAUGAUAUUCUAGUUACAGGGAAUGACUCUUAUUAUAUUUUUACUCUCAUUACUCAAAUGCACUCUACUUUUUUCAUGAAAGAAUUGGGGCUUCUUAAAUAUUUUUUGGGCAUUUCUGUUACCUCUUCCUUCUCAAGUUACUUCUUAUCUCAAAAGAAAUAUGCUACUGAAAUGUUAGUAAAGGCUAGUAUGACAAACUGCAAGUCUUCUCCGUCACCUAUGACUUUUAAAUCCUCUAUUGAUCAGGAAGAUUUUCCUUUCUCUCAUCCUUCUCUCUAUAGGAGUCUUAUUGGUGCUUUGCAAUAUCUUACUAUCACUCGUCCUGACUUGGCUUUUGUUGUCAACCAUGCUUGUCAGUUUCUUCAGACACCUUUCACUAGUCAUUUUGCCUUGGUAAAGAGACUUCUAAGGUACCUUAAGGGCACUCUUCAUCUUGGUCUUCAGUUCAGUCCUGACCUUCUCACCUUACAUGCCUUCUCUGACUCAGAUUGGGCUGGCUGUUCUCUUGAUCGAAGAUCCACCACUGGUUAUUGUGUCUUUCUAGGUCCCAAUUUAAUUUCUUGGUCAGCAAAGAAACAGCCCACUGUCUCCAGGUCCUUUAUUGAAGCUGGAUACAGAGCCCUUGCUCAAACAGCUACUGAACUUAGCUGGAUUGGCAUGCUGCUCUCUGAUCUGUCCAUCUCUGUGUCAGCCCCCACACUCUGGUGUGACAACAUGUCUGCCAUCUCCUUGUCCAACAAUCCUAUGUUUCACGCCAGAUCCAAGCACAUUGAAGUGGAUUAUCAUAUGUUCAGGAAGGGUUGCAGCCAAGAAGUUGAAUAUUCAUCACAUCUCAUUUGUGGAUCAGCUGGCUGA